CCUUUAAGACGCUGGCGGAAAAAGGAAGACGGCUUUGUCGUUCCCAUGAUUCAACGCAAAACGGGCUUUGAUAGGGGACAACACAACACUGAACUGUCAAAGUCUAACAAUAAUCAACACAGCGUGAACAUUUUUCGAAAAUCUCCAGCGCUUUUUACAGUGUUCACACUAAUUCAAGUCAAGAUAUUUUACAUGUUUUUCUGACGCUUGAAAAUGCUGUGAUACUAUGAAUCUAAAGAGGAGAUUGUCUGUGCCUAAGGGCCAGCCAGGAGCAUGCCACUGAUCCUCUUCGCCUUCGUGGUGCGGGUCAGAGAUGGGCUCCCUCUCUCGGCCUCCACGGACUUCCAGCACAAUAGGGAGCUGCAAGAGAGGAAGCAGCAGCUGAAGGUCAUCUCGAAGUCACUGGCACUCUUCCCAGAGCGAGGGACGGUCAAGGGUCGCGACCUCAACAUCUACUUCCUGUCCACCGAAGGCGUGUCCUACAUGGCCGUGUGCUCCUGUCGGCUCCCCGCCGCUCCGGCCUACUGCUUCCUCGAGGACGUCCGCUGGGAGUUCUCUGCCCGCUUUGACAGCUCGGCGGUCGCCCUGGCAAGCAGGCCCUAUCCGUUCCUGGACUUCGACAGCAUCAUUCAAAAGCUGAAGCAGCAUUAUAACCAGAGUGGCGGGCCCUCUUUAGGGGUGACGCUGGCUGAGGUGCAGGACGAGCUGAGGGCCAGCCCUCCUGAAGUCGUCAACUUGGAGGGUGUACAGCUCAGCAAUGGAGCAGCCAAUGGGCAUGCAGAAGCGCCUGGAACCGGGCCCAACCAGCGACUGGAGCCGGUGUCAGCCCCGGGGAUCCUCUCACUAGUACUCAACAUCAUGUGUGCCGCCCUGAAUCUCAUCAGAGGGGUCCACCUUAUCGAGUACACCUUCCAGGACGACUAUGAUGGCAUAUGGAAUGUAGUUGCCUUUCUUUUGGCAUUUCUUUGCUGUGUUUGUCAGUGUCAGCUUUACUUGUUCCACUCCUCUCUGAAGAGGCUCAAGGCCUUCACCCUCCUAACCCUCAUCAUCGUAUGCAACGGCUUCCUGUUUGGGCUGAGGAACGUUUGGCAGCUGUCCUUCCACAUGUCUGUGGCCUGCCUCUCCACAGCCCUCACCCUCACCAGGAAACUGCAGGACAGGACAAGUGACUGUGGUGUCUGAGAGCCAGAAUGGCAGCCAGCCAACCCAGAGUGAAGGUGGGGAGAUGCAAUAUCAGACGUUGGUAUGAUUGCAAUAUGAAGGAAUGGAGUUUUUUUUUGCUUUUUGGUUGGUAAGAUUUGAUUUUGGUUUCAGGAGUUGUGUGUUGACAGUACACUGUUCAUCAGCGGUGUGGUCAUCAACAGGAGUGUGUGUGUGUGUUGUGACAUUUGACCUGAGAUGAACGCCACUUGCCAAAAAGUCAUGCGAAAAGUCAUGAAAGUUGACAUUACCAGCACCAGGCCUGUGUGACCAUUAUUGCUGCACUUAUCAAUAUUUUCCAAGACUGAGUAUAGCCCUGUGGAUAUUUUGAACAACAUUACAAAGGGCUAGGAGAUAAGGGAUUUUAAUGUCAAAUGAAUCUUGACAAGUCUGGGCAUAGGUCAGUGGUGCCGUUGAUUGAAGGUUGAACAGCCUUACGUCCAUACAGUUUCAGUUACACUGGAACACCAGUAACUCCACCUGGCAAAGAGCCAGUCAGGGUUAUGGCCUGAAGCGGCAUAGAUUGGUAGUACAAGAUUUGCACUAGGAUUGUUUUUCUCUGUUAAUUUAUUCCAUUUCAGCUCAUCCAAUGCAUUUGUGUUGUUUACGUCUUAAUUUGUGUUAUAUUGAUGUGUAAGGAACUACAUACUUAUAAAAAAUGUCAUUAGUUAUUUUGUAAUUUUCAUUAUCUUUCAUGUAUGACUGCUUUUAGAUGAAUUUGCAAGACAUUACUUUAAUCAUCUAACUAAGUAUGCCUGAGCUGAUGUGUUUGUGGAUGACAUAAGCUUGACUAGUUUAGAAUAGCUUUUUGCACUUAGUCGUUGUUUACAAAAUAGAUAUCGAUCUCUGAUAGAGAGCUUUGUCAUUUGUUAUUGUGGUUCAAGUUUGAAAGUAGAGUUUUUAUUUGAUAGCCUUGGCCUAUACGUCCCCUAAUUUGUAGUGUUCUGGCGAUGUCAGGUACAGUGCCAUGAGUAAGACUUGUGUGACUACCCACAAUGCAGUGCUCUGAGAGAAGGCCAGAAAAGCUAGGUAAAAACUCCAUGUGGUAAAUGCUACUGUAUGUGUUUGACCCUGUGUUGUGACAUAGGUAUUAAGUGGAAACAAGGUUAAUAGUGUACAAUGUCUGUGCAGUUAAUAAUUAGUAUGGCUUGGCAUUACCGAUAUUGAGCAGUGAGCUGUUUUUAUAUCAUUCCUUUGCCACAAAAAUAGAUUUUGCUUGCUGAAGAUCAGUGCAGAUCAGAGCAUUAAUAUAAUUUCGCUGUUGAAGGACAAGUAUGAACACUUACUCAAAAUAAGAUGAAAGCUUAAUCAGGUAUAACUCACAUUAGGGGAUGCUUGAAUGUACCUUCUGAGAGUGUUGGCAUUUCAAUUUAUCUGUACAAGACGAUAGGCACUCUUAUAUUUGCCAGAGAGAGAGAGACCGAGAGAGACAGAGAGAGACAGAGCGAGAGAGAGAGAGAGAGAGAGAGAGAUAGAGAGUGAGUGAUAGUGAGUUGGAGAGUAACUUUUAAAUUACAAUAGUAGCAAGAUUAAAAUGACCACACAAACUUUUCUACUAUACACAAAUGGAAUUGAUAGAAUGAAUGAAGUUCAUUAAGGAGAAAAAAAAUGCUGCACUGAAAGGUGCUUUUGGACACAUUUUAGCCUAACCACAAUAACAGAUAGAUAUCCGAAGAUAUCACGUUUUCUAUCAAGUCCAUAACUUGUUUGACAGUUUUAAGAAAAAAACUUUAUCAUUAUUUGCAAGAUUCAUUGCUUCAACGGCGUGUUUAUUUGGUAUUGAAUAUUUUCUUCUGUAAAUUACAUUAAGUCUGUGGUGCAUAAGACAGCUGUAGAGAAAUUUGUUUGGGCAUUUUAACAUAUUAUUACCAUCGCUGAGGGAAAGUAUGAAAACCACUUUGAUAUGUAUUGUAUCAACUGAUGCACAUAUUUGCUUACUCUUCAAAGGCUUGGCUAAUUAAGUACUCCUGUUUGUCCUUACACUGUCAUCAUGCAGUGGCUUAUCACAUUAUUGAUAAAUCAAUAUAGCCAGAGGCUGUUACUGCUAAGAUAAUAAUCUGCACCGUCAUUUCAGAACUGUUCCUCAUGGUAUUCUCGCUCUGGACGUGGCCGUAUAACAGAAUAUACUAGUAAUGCUCAGCCAUUUAGCUCGCAGUAUAGACAACAACCGUUUCACAUGAGAGACUAGUGUGCAAAUAUGUGACUGUAGGCUUUUGAUGAAGGGUGCUCUGUAGUGUGAGGCUGUGCAGUUUGUUAACCUGUCAUUCAUAUUUUAGCAAAAGACCUCAUGUUCUAGCCUUGUGCGUUCAUGUUGCUUUUCUAAUCAAUGAAGGACUGCUUAAAAUGUUUUUGAAGGAGACCAUGGGUCCUUUUUUGUAAAAUGCAAAUCCUGUGCCCAUUUUCUGCAUUGCAUUAGAAGUAAGGGCCGUUUUUCAUCCUAAGUGACACUGUUAAUUAUCACUCUGUCUUAGACUCUUAAUUGAUUUGAUCUGAAAUAUGACUUGGGUGUGGUGGUGCAGUGGUUAGCCCCACCGCUUCACUGGUUCAAUUCCAUAUCACUGCAAGUUGACUGUACGUCGCUUUGUCGCAUUCUCAGUAAGUCUUAUAAUGCUAAAUUAUAAUUGUUCUAAUAAGCUCUAUUCUUGCACUGGUCUUUUAAACCAUGAUGAGGACAUCCAAUGACAUAUAUUAGUGAUGCCAAAAAUAGCAGACAACCUAGCCAGUUUUGAUGUGUCAUCACACGUGGAACCACAUUAAGCAGCAUUACAUUGCGUGACAGUGCAGUUUCUCAGGCGGCUUAUAGGGAAUUCCGUUCUCAACUCUGUGAGUGAAAACAUAACUUGUAUACUGGGGACAAUCCAUACAGGUUUUUUUAUUUUGUCUUUUAAAGCAACUUUUAUAAGGAUGGAAAAUUGUUUAGUUUUACGUUGGACUUAUUGUUUACUUUUGAUUUGAAUGUUAGGAUCUUAAAGUGGGACAUAUUGACAAAAUGAAUGAUUGAAAAUGAACAGGAUUUUUGAAAACAAAAAAUCAGACAGUGAAGACUAAAAUUGACAAUUUUGUAACGGGUUGUAAAGAAAAAGUCAGUAAAACAAUGCAGAAAUGUGACAGAUAUGUGUAGAUAUACUGAAAUGAUAUCUUUGAAUGCAAGAGUACUUUAAUGCCCCACCCUGCACUUCUCUUUGACUGAUGAAUCACCCAAUUGCAUCUUAAAGCAUCUCCCUCUCUGUGACAGAAUGGUGUGCUGUGGGUUUUUCUGCUUGAGUUCGGGGUUACACGUGUUUCACUGUGCAGUCACUGAACCAGAAUGAAGUUGGGGGAGGUCAGAGUUGGCUUUAAACUGGUUUAAGAAACAGGCUCAUCCUUUUUUUACAAGGGAUGAACUGUCUGAGAGGCCAAGAGACUGCGUGCCUUUUGACCCUGGAGGAAAUUAGAUAUCAAAAUACUCCAACUUUUCCUAAAUGUGGUGUCUUGUGUUUUGUUUGGGGGAUCAGACUUUUACUCUGCCUGUUCAAAAGACCUGCCAUAACAUGGGCUGCUAUCCACUGGAGCGUAGAAUAAUUCCUGUGUUGUUGAAACUGACAUUAAAUACAGUGCUUUUUGUA